CACACGGGCAAGCCGUUACUUUCUUUUUUUCCCCAUUGGAUUUUCUUUCUUUUCCUUUGCCUGGCCAUUAUGGCCUCCCCUUCACUCGAUGUCCUGCUGAAAGGCAACUCCAGUCGGAACGUCCGCGGUCUGCUCCGCAUCAUCAUUCUAUGUACCAUCGCGGCUGCCGCGGUGUCCAGUCGACUUUUCAGUGUUAUUCGGUUUGAAAGUAUCAUUCACGAAUUCGAUCCGUGGUUCAACUUCCGAGCAACAAAGUAUCUGGUUCAACAUGGGUUUUAUAAGUUCUGGGAUUGGUUCGAUGACCGAACAUGGCAUCCCCUUGGACGUGUCACUGGUGGCACCCUCUAUCCUGGUCUGAUGGUGACCAGUGGCGUCAUCUAUCAUGUCCUGCGCUUCUUGACCAUCCCCGUUGAUAUUCGGAAUAUCUGUGUCCUUCUGGCACCAGGUUUCUCUGGCUUGACGGCUUUGGCCAUGUACCUCCUGACCAACGAGAUGUCGAGUUCGCCCUCUGCUGGCCUUCUGGCUGCAGUCUUCAUGGGCAUUACCCCUGGGUACAUCUCGAGAUCGGUUGCUGGCAGUUACGACAACGAGGCCAUUGCUAUCUUCCUUCUUGUUUUCACCUUCUACCUUUGGAUCAAGGCUGUGAAGAAUGGCUCUAUCAUGUGGGGCACAUUGGCUGCUCUGUUCUAUGGUUAUAUGGUCUCGGCCUGGGGUGGAUACGUGUUCAUCACUAACCUGAUUCCUCUCCAUGUCUUUGUGCUUCUUUGCAUGGGCAGAUAUACCUCCCGUGUUUACAUCAGCUACACCACCUGGUAUGCUCUGGGUACGCUUGCGAGUAUGCAGAUUCCCUUCGUCGGAUUCUUGCCCAUUCGUAAUAGCGACCAUAUGUCUGCUCUGGGUGUCUUCGGGCUUCUCCAGCUCGUGGCUUUCGCUGACUUCGUCCGUGGCUUUGUACCGGGCAAGCAGUUCCAAAAGCUUCUCACUGCCAUGAUUCUGAUCGUUUUCGGAUUUGCCUUGCUGGGACUCGUCCUUCUGACAGUGUCCGGGGUCAUUGCCCCAUGGAGUGGUCGUUUCUACUCGCUCUGGGAUACUGGAUACGCUAAGGUCCACAUUCCCAUCAUCGCCUCCGUCUCGGAACAUCAGCCCACAGCCUGGCCCGCGUUCUUCUUCGACCUCAACUUCUUGAUCUGGCUGUUCCCCGCCGGUGUCUAUCUCUGCUUCCGUCAACUGAAGGAUGAGCAUGUCUUCGUCGUCAUCUACGCUGUACUCUCCAGCUACUUUGCUGGUGUCAUGGUCCGAUUAAUGCUGACGCUGACUCCCGUUGUCUGCGUUGCUGCGGCCCUCGCUGUUUCUCACAUCCUUGAUACCUACCUGGUUGCAUCGAAGCCCAGCGAGGCGUCUGAAACGAAACCCACAGCUGAUAAUAACCAGAGCGGUCUCCGUUCCACGCGGAACCCGGUCGUUGGAGUAUACUCCUACCUGUCCAAGUUCUUCAUUUCGGCUAUGAUGAUCGUUUAUCUUCUUCUCUUCGUUUCCCACUGUACCUGGGUUACCUCAAACGCCUACUCCUCUCCCUCCGUGGUCUUGGCCAGCCGCAUGCCGGAUGGCAGCCAGCACAUCAUCGAUGACUACCGUGAGGCAUACUAUUGGCUUCGUCAGAACACCCCCGCGAACGCCAAGAUUAUGUCCUGGUGGGACUAUGGAUACCAGAUCGGUGGUAUGGCCGACCGUCCCACGCUGGUUGACAACAACACCUGGAACAACACCCACAUUGCGACUGUCGGCAAGGCGAUGAGCUCCCGGGAGGAGGUCAGCUACCCCAUCCUCCGCCAGCACGAUGUCGACUAUGUGCUUGUGGUGUUCGGUGGUCUUCUCGGCUACUCCGGCGACGACAUCAACAAAUUUUUGUGGAUGGUCCGUAUUGCUGAAGGUAUCUGGCCCGAUGAGGUUAAGGAGCGGGACUACUUCACUGCCCGCGGGGAGUAUCGUGUCGAUGACGAGGCGACUCCCACCAUGCGCAACAGCUUAAUGUACAAGAUGUCGUACUACAACUUCAACUCCCUCUUUGGAGGCGGCCAAGCUGUCGACCGAGUCCGAGGCGCCAGACUGCCCGCAGAAGGCCCCCAGUUGACCACUGUCGAGGAGGCCUUCACCAGCGAGAACUGGAUCAUCCGGAUUUACAAGGUCAAGGACCUUGACAACUUUGGCCGCGAUCACAGUAGCGCGGUCGCUUUCGACAAGGGCCACAAGAAGAAGCGUGCGACAAAGAAGAAAGGGCCCCGAGUUCUGAGAACCGAGUAGAGGCCUGAAGUUCUUUGAUUUUCUUUUGACUCCCAUCCGCCGUGUUUCUUAUCGAUCCCACAUUGCAGGAUCCUCCGGUGUCAACUCUGUAUUUUUUAAUUCUGUCGUCUCAUGUGCCUCCUUGUUUUUGUUCUUCUUUUGUAUACAUGUGUAGAACGUGAUAAAAUGGACUGAGAGUUUGCACCAUGGAGCCAGUUUCAUCUCAGUUAGGAGUCCUAGGUUCAUAGAAGGACCAGGUAGGAAGUGGCGAAUGAUCCAAUUCAAGUAGUAUACAUCGAAGUAGGCUAUUUACACAGCUGAAACGACUUCUUCAGAAGAAGGCCCCCCCCAUCAUCCCCAUCUGCUUGGCUCCCGCCGUCCAAUCCUCAAUAUCUGAAUUGCUCUUUUCAAACUGAUCUUCAAAGUUUAGUAAUUCCGACUGGCAAUUCUCGUCUCGACAUGCCCAUGAUAUAUCUCCAAGCUAAUUAACAAAUCCAAGAACAAUGACGCGAUCC